AUGGCUAAUGCUGCAUGUGACUACUACAUAACUGUGGUUGCUCGCCUUCCAACCACCGACUUGGAGCAAAUCUUUCAGGUUAGGGUCGGAGAAGAACGCCUCUGCAUUUUGGAUUUGACGUGCUCUCAUUCUAGACCUCCUCAAGAAGGUAAAGGUGGUUUGAUAUGCAUUAUCUCACACUCACACUUUCUGACUGACUAUGUUUAUUAUUGCAUAGGGACCAAGAAGGAGAUGCCUUGCUUAAGUCCACAUCGCCCUAAGACCUACAAAGACAGAUUGUUUGAUUGGCCCUCCUCAGAUUUUGCUUGGCCCUCCUCUUUCAGUGACACCAAACGUUUUUACGUGUUGAAUGAAUCUGAGUUACAAUGUGAUUGGAUUUCUUUGUAUCUGGAACUUGCAAUCUGUACUUCCCAUAGGAAAAUCAUAUACCCAACAUAG